UGUACCUCAUUCCCUAACAGGUCCGUCCAUGGAAGCUCUGGCGAUCGAUGUGGAAUAAAAGCAUCCCCAGUCCCAAGGUUCCAUGAGCCUCAGACCGCCUCUCUCGCUCUCAUCACCGUCGUGCCUUCCUCCUUGCUGUUCAAUCUUUUGCUCCCAAGCUGCAGCUGUGUCCUCUGGACAUUCCUGGCAGACGAGCACCACAGCACACUCUUGCACCACCUUGAGGCAGCGCACAUUCUCCCUCCCGCUUCACCCUCGCCAUCAGGAAUUCCCCUCAGCGCGGCACAAACGAGCCUCGAGUUCUCGUUCCAACCUACGCCUACCCUUCUUCUCCGUUCAUUUGCCCCGCCGCCUCGACAGCGAAGCCUUCAGAACCCAUAGCAGAAAUGGCGGCACAAGCGUUCAAGAGUGCGCUCCCGUCGCACCUGAAGCCCAACAACAACAACAAUGGCGACGAGGCCGAGUUCGCCAAGAGGCACCAUGGCAAGACAAGAUCCCACAUGGCGUUCGAGAACACGUCCACCAACAUCGCGGCCGCCCAGAUGCGCAAUGCGCUCACGAACCUCGCCGAGACAGUGAAGGACCCCGAGCAGAAGAAGCUGUUCGAGACGGAGAUGGACAACUUCUUCUCGCUCUUCCGCCGGUAUCUGAACGACAAGGCGAAGGGAAACGAAGUUUCGUGGGACCGCAUUGCGCCCCCUGCUGAGGGCCAAGUCGUCGACUACGAGGAUCUGCCGAACUCCGAGUCGGCCAGCUUCCUCAACAAGCUGGCCGUGCUGAAGCUGAACGGCGGUCUGGGCACGUCGAUGGGUUGCGUCGGCCCCAAGUCGGUCAUCGAGGUCCGCGAUGGCAUGUCGUUCCUCGACAUGUCGGUCCGCCAGGUCGAGUAUCUCAACCGCACAUACGGAUCCAACGUGCCCAUCGUGCUCAUGAACUCGUUCAACACCGACGAGGAUACCGCGGCCAUCAUCAAGAAGUACGAGGGUCAUAACGUGGACAUCCUCACCUUCAACCAGUCCCGGUAUCCCAGGAUCUACAAGGACUCGCUUCUCCCCGUGCCCAAGUCGUUCGACUCGCCCCUCCACGACUGGUACCCGCCAGGACACGGUGACGUGUUCGAGUCCCUGUACAACUCGGGCAUCCUCGACAAGCUCCUCGCUCGGGGCAUCGAGAUCAUCUUCCUCUCCAAUGCCGAUAAUCUCGGUGCCGUCGUGGACCUGCGCAUCCUGCAGCACAUGGUGGAGAGCGAGGCCGAGUACAUCAUGGAGCUGACCAACAAGACAAAGGCCGACGUCAAGGGCGGCACCAUCAUCGACUACGAGGGCAGCGUGCGCCUGCUCGAGAUUGCGCAGGUGCCCAAGGAGCACGUCAACGAGUUCAAGUCGAUCAAGAAGUUCAAGUACUUCAACACGAACAACAUCUGGAUGAACCUGAAGGCCAUCAAGCGCGUCGUGGAGAACGACGAGCUCGAGAUGGAGAUCAUCCCCAACGGCAAGACCAUCCCCGGCGACAAGAAGGGCGAGUCGGACAUCAGCAUCCUGCAGCUCGAGACGGCCGUCGGCGCCGCCAUCAAGCACUUCAGAAACGCGCACGGCGUCAAUGUCCCGCGCCGCCGCUUCCUACCCGUCAAGACGUGCUCGGACCUGAUGCUCGUCAAGUCGGAUCUGUACACUGUUAAGCACGGCCAGCUGCAGAUGAGCGCCAACCGCUUCGGCGAUGCGCCCCUGAUCAAGCUCGGCAGCGACUUCAAGAAGGUCUCGGACUUCCAGAAGCGCAUCCCCAGCAUCCCCAAGAUCAUCGAGCUCGACCACCUGACCAUCACGGGCGCCGUCAACCUCGGCCGCGGCGUCACUCUCAAGGGCACCGUCAUCAUCGUCGCCACCGAGGGCCAGACCAUCGACAUCCCGCCGGGAUCCAUCCUCGAGAACGUGGUGGUCCAGGGCAGCUUGCGCUUGCUUGAGCAUUAGAGAAGGGCGACUGCGCCGAUUUGGCGGAGCGAGGGCGGAGCGGGCUAUUUUUCGUCGUGUCCAUGUAGAUCUUGUUUGCCUCUGUUGAUUGCACUGCUGCCUCCAUCGAUUAUAAUAUAGCGAAAUCUUUGUUGCAUAUGGUUGCUCUUCCAUGAAAGAAAAGAUCAGGAGGGGCCGCCUGUCGUAGAUGUGCCGCUGUAUUCGAGGCAAUCUGACAGUUAACUGAGUUGGAAUCACUCGCUGCUUUGUAUUGAGUUGCUUCUUCUUACGCUUCCAUCGAUUUCUGGCCUGCAGUAGUCUCGCCGACGGCGAGGACAGCGUCGUCCACGCCG